CCAACACUGCCGAACAGCUGUGAGAAAAACGCGACCGGAGAGCUUAUAAAACAGAAUGUCUUUUAAGAAUUUGUUAAUGAAAAAUGGCUUAAAUGCCGGACUGCGCGGCUCACCAAGCACAGGGCUAUUGCUCCUCAAUGCCAGCACACGUCAGGGACAUACUAUGCGUGGCAAGCCUCCCGGUGUAGCACGCUCGCUGGAACAGCGGCUGCGGGAUGACAACGUUGUGGACGCUGAGCUGGUAGCACGCGUCAACAUAGGCUUCCCACAGCUGAAGGCCUCACGUUCGGAGCAGCUUAAGACACGAUUAGAGCAUCUGAAGAAGCAGCGUGCCAAUAAUGAAAUGGAGCAUCUGGCGCGCAGUCAAAAAUUGCUGAUUGAUCUGGAUAAAGUGCAGCAGACAUAUCAACAGACCACGGGACAACAUGAUCUGCGUCUUAUGGCGGAUCACUAUGGCGUCUUUGAGCAUCUUUUUGGCAGCGCUUACUUUGUGCCGCGAGUGCCUCUAAGCAUCAACUAUGAGGUGGAGGGCAAUUUGCUGCAGCCUGUGUAUAAUGGCAAUGUUAUAAAACCAGGCGAGGCCAGCAAGAUGCCCCUGGUUAGCUUCGAUGGCCAACUGGAUCCUAUAACAGGCAAGCAAGUAUCAGGCGACAGCUACUGGACACUCAUAGCCAGCAAUCCCGAUGCGCACUUCACAAACGGCACUGCAGAGUGUUUACAUUGGUUUAUUGCUAACAUACCCAAUGGCAAGCUGGCUGAUGGUGAAGUGCUGGCGGAUUAUUUGCCGCCUUUUCCACCCAAAGGCGUGGGCUAUCAGCGCAUGGUCUUUGUACUCUAUAAGCAACAGUCGCGCAUGGAUCUGAACGCAUAUAAACUGCAGUCAGCGGACUACAGCAAGCUGGAGAAGCGCACAUUCAGCACACUUGACUUUUAUCGCCAACACCAGGAGCAGCUGACGCCAGCAGGUCUGGCAUUCUAUCAAACCAACUGGGAUAGCACAUUAACUGAAUUCUAUCAUAAAGUCUUGCAGCUCAAAGAACCUGUUUAUGAGUACGACUUCCCCAAGCCUUAUUUGGCGGAUCAGAAAUUCUUUCCGCUCAAGCAACCCUUCAAUCUGUACAUGGACAAGCAUCGCGACAUCAAGCAGGUGAACAAGGAGUUUCUACAGCGUAAACUGGCCAAAACACAUCCCUUCGAAGGACCUGAGCCAGCGCUGCGCUUCCCCAUGGCACAUCCAAUGCGCGAGAUGCCCAGCUGGCUAAAGACCGAGAAACGAAAGCAACGCAUGGGCACAGGACGUGUGCAGGAUUAUUAAAUUAAGUGCAGCAUUAAAUGUUGUUCGUUUUUCUUGUUUUUUUUUUUCAUUCUAUGUAUUUGAUUAACAAGUGUUGAUUGUUAUGCUUGCAAGUACAUGCGUUUAAAAUGGAGUAAAUAAAAAAAAUAGUU